CGCUUAUUCGUGUCUGUGCGCUAUGGGCUUCAAACCGCAGUUCUCGUUGAUGUCAAUAGUUUAGGCCUAGUUCGGUCGAAGCGGGGCGACAGACCCUCGCGGGUCUCCGUCGGGACUAUGAGCGGCGGCUCGGUCUGACGGACGCGCACCAUCGCGGCAACGACGCGCUUCAUGUUUACGCGGCUCAGAAACAGGCGUAAUGGCGCAGGGGAAUAACGGUAAUUUCCUAACUAUCCCUUCGCAAGAGGGUCUUUUCAAGACGGUGAGGGUCGAGCGCUCGGAUGACAACAGUAAUGAUGAAGACGAGGAAGACACAGAGGAAGACGUCAGGCUAAUACCGAGAUCUUCCCCUGUUCCCAGGAAGCGAGGCUCUUCGAUCGCGGAUGAAACCGCCGAGUACAUGCGAAUCCGCCUGGCGUUGACGAACAGAAGAGUGUCGUUCGCGGACAGUACGGGAGCCGAGCUGGUUGACGUCCGAAUGUUUGUCCCGUUUGAUUCCGACGAAGAGGACGAUUCGAGGUGGGAGGAAGAGGAGGCGCGGUACCGAAAAACCUACCGCGAGCCCACUUACCGAGUGUGUCCGGAAUUCCAGCCGCUCACCGGAACCGAGCUCGAGCUCGCUGUCCACGGCAACAAGCUCGAAGUGGAGAGCGUGACAUCCGUGCCCGAGGAGCCUCUGUCGUUCGAGUUGCUUAUCCGCGUGCUCAACAUUUCUUUUCACAAAUCGGUCCAUGUCCGCGCCACGAUGGACGGUUGGAUCAAUCACUUCGAUUACCCCGCCGAGUACGUCCCGGACUCCAACGACGGCGAAACGGACAAGUUCUCCGCGAGGCUCUCCUUCGCUUCACCGUACCUGUUCAACGGAGCGCGGAUUGAUUUUGUUGUGCGCUACGAGACGUCAGAUGGAGAGUUUUGGGCGAACAACUCCGGCAGGAAUUACUCGGUAACUCUAUCACAGUCGUACGAAGAAGACCCGGUCCAGACCACCACGGCGGACACAUCCGAGCUGAGAGGGAUCCUGAAACCUCCCAGGUACCGAGCUGACAUUGGUUAUGAUGACUCUAAUGACGGAGGAGAUGCAGAGACGGAGCGUGAAGCAGUGGAAAAUCGAGCGUCUUUUGCCCAGCCGGUUAUGGUUCAACCAGAGAUCGACAUCGAGACUGCCAAGAAUUUGUCCAAUUCUCCAGAGUCCACCAGAACUUCCUACACAGCAGGAUGUCCUUGGUCCAUUUCAGAUACUCCCCUCGGAGAACUACUUGCACUAGAGUCAAUGUCAUCCAAUAAUUUACCACAAACAGAGGAGUGUGGACUUGAGCCGUUAACUCUAUCCAUCCCCCAGUCACGUUCAACACAGCAGUUCUCUGAGCCACAAGUCUAUAAUGUUGGCCUUUCCUUGUCCCUUCCCCUUCCUGCAGUCCUCAUACACCAUUAUGAUCACCCAGAGACAACCAAGGAUGUAUCUGAGGAUUCCAGUAAACCUGACCAAUCCUUUCAUUCACAGAAGGAUGAUUUCCACACUGAGACGUUAGCACAAGUGCCUUUUGAGUUAGGGCAACCAUCGCUGGCUGUGUUUCCAGACAUGACACAAAUCCAGGAAGAAGGUUUGAAGAAUGUUAAGGACAAGCAAGAUGUUGCAGAAAAGGAUUCCACAUUGGCAGAUGUGCUAGAGGAACCAAGUAGGAAUACAGAAGAUAAAAUGGGAACUUGCUUUCCCAUGCUGGAAGAUGCCAAGCAGCUUCCUUCAUCAGAGGAGGAAAACAAUGCAACUAAAGAAGGGGAGAAGCUCAGUUUCUCACAGGGAUUGCAGCACCCCCUGAAGGAAGGAAUUCAAGAACAGAAAGUAGAACUUGUCUCUUUGGUACAAGUCAACACCAUCAAGACGAUCGAUGUGGGAAGUAACAAGAAGGAUGAUGAGGAAACCAAUGGUUUGGAUGAUUCCUGUUUGUUCCCGUCUCAAUUAAGUCCCACAAGAACGGACAAAGAAUCCCAAAGUUUACUUCUCCAUCCAGACUCUGAUAAGCUGGCAACCAUGCAACAUCAGCAAGAGGAAGAACUUAUCUUGGAUCCGAGCCUGUUGGCCUCAGUUCACCCUGAGGAUCCAAAACUUCAUAAAGAAACUAUUACAAUGUGUAUUCCAGAGCAUCCAACAAGCAAACCAGAAAAGCCAGAGCCAACCAGCAUUUAUGAAACUUCACCAACAGCCUUCGAUCUUCAGUCUUCAACUGUUAACUCUGCAGCAGAAGAUGAUUUAACUUUUGAGGGUGAUGAAACGUCCACUUCUCCAUUUCAGACAUGCAAAGACCCUGAAACCCAGCACACACUGCCAAGACCAGGCACUGAACUUUCUCAAAUAUCAAAGGAUCAGACUGAGGUUUCUCUGGACACGUGUCUGAUGGUCUCCACAACCUUCUUCAGUGCUGUUAUUUGCCUGGCUGUUGGGAUUCAAGAGCCCAGUGUUUUUUUGUGUAUGGUAUUAUUCCUGUUUUCCCUCUGGUUCUAACUUCUAUGCCAGUUUAAUUUCCCCCAUUGUUACUUCUACAAAGCCUUAACACUUUACCUUCUUCCUCUUCCCCCAGUGCCUUGAGGAAUUCCAAAAAUAUUUACAUGCAAACAGAUCUGGGGCCUGUUCCGUAAAACAAGUUUAACAAAAACCAGGUUUAUUUCAGUUAGUCUGACUUAUUCGGAAACAAAUCAACUGACAAUAAGUCAGACUAACUGAAAUAAACCGGGCUUAUUCAGUAAACUUGCUUUUUGAAACAUGGCCCCGGGGUUUGUGUUUAUGUGGUAUUAAAUAGUGUUUUCAAAUUUAGUAGUUCAGCUUUUGCUUGAUAUAUACAGUAGUUAAUCAUUCAGAUUGCCAGUAUCAAAACUGCAGUGGUUUAUUUUCAACCAAAAAUAAGUUUAAAUAAGCAAUGUGUGUUUUAGCUGAAUGAAUCACUGUGUACCUCAUAACAUGAUUGGCCAUUGGAAUGUGGCUCAGCUCCUUCAUAUUUACCAAAAUGCGUCUAUUUUGUGAGUUUCUCUCUCUAUAUGCAUACAGUAGCUACUGAAGAUUUACAUUCGGCUCUUUUAUGGGAGUCAUCGGUGAGUGUGUUGACUUGAUGGUUCACAUAUGUGUUUAGACUGGACGAGCAGCAGGUGAUUUCAGAAAUGUAGAAGUUUGAGUUGUACGUUUAGUUAAAUCUGGGUGUGCUUGUUUUCAGUUAGUCUGUGCAAACAUCUACAAGCUAAGCAGAACAUUAAUAUAGGUAAGAAAUGUUUCUUCACUUGCGUUGGUUUAUUCACUUAAUUUCACUGUGAAGGUGUGUUUGGUGUCGUAUGUGGUCACUGUCACGUUCUAUAAACUUAUGAGUAAACAUGUUAAUCUUGAAGAGUACGGUAUUUUACAUCUCUGCAUCCUAAAGGGUUAAAACACACACACACACACACACUUAAAGUUGCUAACCUUUCUUGUCAGUUAGCAGACAAGUUUAUAGCGUUCUGCAGUGAUCUUUAAAAGCGUGCCCCAAGCCUCUGAUACCCCAAAAGGUCACACAUUGCACUGAAGUCACAGCAUCAGGUUACUGGGUGACUGAACACCAUUGUAAGCAGGAUAUAACGGUUCCUUUUAAGAAAUAUUUGACCCUUGAUUUCCAAAACCUGACACAAAAGAUAUCAGGUCGUAUUUUACUACUUUGUCGUCUCACUGAAUAAAUGUGCAAACAAAGUUGUGAACACAAUCUGUGCUAAAUAAUGAAAUAUUUACCUGUAUUUUGUCAAUGUCAAAGUAGAAAUAAAAAAAGUUUGUAACUGA